AAGUUUUUGUGCACAACACACGUGUGCUAACAGUGAUUGAAUUGCGAUAAAGGAUUCAAAAAUUAUACAGUGCACAAUGUUUACAGCCCUAAGUACGAUGUUCUACGGCAUCUUCCUCAGUAUAUACUUAUCCGGAUAUGUGGUUAGCCUAGAUCCAGAGGUUGUGGUACUUCGCGCAGUGAGAGGAAGGGAUGCCAGGCUGCCGUGUGGUCAAGGAAAAGUGUUCUUAGAUGGACCAGACUCCUAUAUCCUUUGGUUGAAAAACGACAGAGAUUUUCUUUACAGAUUUCCUAAUGAGGAAAUCGAGAGAAGAGCCGUGAACCGCGAUAGAAUAUUCGGUACGUCAUGCGACGCAGGGGCAUGUUAUGAUGACACCUCUCUCCUUCUGAAACGCGUGACUGAGCAGGACAGCGGUAUUUAUCGAUGCAGAGUCCAUUAUCAAGCCUCCCCCUCGCUAGACUACGUCAUUGAUGUGAGGCUGGUGGAUUCACCCGGCAUCCCGCGAAUUCACAACGAGUUGAACGAAGAGAUCAAAAGGGGAUAUGUUGGGCCACUUAGCCUCGGAGCUAACCUCACACUCAUCUGCGAAGUAGACGAUGAUCAGCCCGAUACGUUGGUGUACUGGCGUCGAAACGGCGUAGUGAUAGAGCGCGCGCACACAGCGCGUGCCGGCGUGCUGCGGGCGGACGUGCGGGUGCAUAACGCGACGCGCGACGAGCUAGACGCACACUACGAGUGCCUCGCCCAGAACGCUGACGUCACAGAGCCUUUGAGCGCUAGUGUCGUUGUCAAAAUGUAUCUUCCCCCCUUAAACAUCGAGAUUCGAUUGAACAAUAAUGUGGAUUUCGAAGCUGGGCAACCGCGCGUGGUCGAUUGUGUGGUAGUGGGCUGCGUACCUCCGCCGUCUAUCACAUGGCACUUGGGAGACACUUUACUUAGACCGAGUGUACAUAAGGAACUACAUGACGGCAACUAUACGGUAUCGUCUCUCACACUGGCGCCAUCUCUACGUGACAGCAAACACGACCUAGUAUGCCGAGCCCACAACUCACAUUUACCCACCUCAGUCUUCGAGGAUAAAGUUACUUUGAACGUCGGAUAUCGACCAAUUUGCCUAACAACUCGAGAGGAGAUGGUCGGCGCAAUCGUUCAAGAGGCGGAGACGGUUACGUGCGCGGUAGAGGCUUCGCCAGACCCUCUACAAUUUAGCUGGACAUUCGCCGAUUCUAGGACGCUGUACACUAGUGUUAAGAAAGUGGCUGGUUCUCACAAUCGCUUCACAUCAACACUGACGUGGCUACCACGCGAUGGCGAUUUAGGUUUACUAUUGUGCCGAGCUACCAAUUCUUUUGGGGAGCAGAAACGGCCCUGUUCCUACACUAUUGCACCGGGGAGUCCCCCACAUGUCCCGGAAUGCGUCGUGUUACGCUCCUAUCCUCAUUCCAUAAGAGUUCAGUGUCAGAAAGGUUGGGACGGUGGACGACCUCAAACCAUUCAUCUAGAACUAUUCAAUCUUGAUGGAACUUUACUCCACAAUAUGUCCAACGCAGCGGGUCACUUCCACCUGCCAGACAUAGAGGAUGACAGGAAUUUAUCAGCGACAGUUUACGCGAGCAGUGCUAGAGGAAGGAGUGAAUCAAAAAGCUUACAUUUACAGACGAUAACACCGUUAAGCGCGUCAGUUGCAGAAGACGUGCCAGUUCGUACGUGGACGCGUUGGCUGGAGGCGUGCGCUGGUCUGGUAGCAAUCGCCGCGGCAGUAGCGGCAGCUGCAGUCUGCAUAAAGCUGAUCAAAGCGAAACGGGACAACCUGGAGCAUAACCCUGACUUAGUGCCACGGUCCGAUGGUUCGUUUCACCGCGAGCCUGACUUUACCAGAGAGGAACGUGUUUUGGGAACUACCAACAUAACAGUCAACCAACUAGCUUCAUGUCAAAAUCAAUAUUCCGCGUCGCCUGUACCAGGAUGUCGCGUUCUCGUCGGCUGCGGUACCCAUUCACCACCUCAAGACUCUUGUCCCACCAGCCAGCACUCCUACUAUGUCUAGCCUUCAACAUCCUGCUUGCAAAGGGUCAUUACUCAUAACAAGAGCCUGUGGAUAUUAAGGCUAAACAUAUCCAAAUGUAUAGACACUCAUUGGUUCAUUAUUUGGUAUGGCAUGUGUAUUUCAAUGCAAAAAGUGUACGCUUUAGCAGCCCAUGACAGAGUACUGAGCUCUAAAUGGCUUAUUUCUACUUGGGUACAGUUGAAUCUAAUUUACGGGAACUUUACUUUUUAAUAUACCUAAUAAAACCCAAGAGCUUAAAAUUAUACGCGUACAAUGAAUUUUGUAAUCUCUGGAGAAUGCUAUACUAAGUAAUUGUUUUUUAAAUUAACUUUUAGUACAUUUAACAAUAAAUACAAUUGCGAUGAUACUAUUUAGAGAUUCGACUCUUGUUUAAUUGUUUUAUUCGUAACUCAAUAGUGGUUAAUGUGUAGGUACGUCCGAGAAUGAGAUCAGAAGAAAAAAAUCCCACUUUUUCUGGUUAUAAUUUAGCUUAAGGUGAAAAGAGCUCUUCCAACUUAUAUUUCUUCGGUGUAAUAUUAAUAAAUGUAACUCAUGUUUAGGAUUAUUUAUAGCUUACUUUAUAUUUUUAACGAAUAUUUUCUAAAAUGCUUCUUCGCAUACUUAGUUAAUCAUUAUUUAUAAUAUAAUAUGAUAAAAAUAUAAACCUUAUUAAUAAAUAAUGAUAAAGCAUAGUAUAUUGCGCUUAAGAAUAUAGUAGGUAGAUACUUUAAUAAUUAGUUACUAUGAUGAUACAGAAUAAAGAAUGAUACAGAAUGAGUCUAUACUAGCAGCGUGGUGAGGCCAGUGAAACCCAUAAAAACAAACGUUACGCG